GUGCUCGUCGCUCUCGCGAUGCCUACCGCCGCCAUCAUCCUCACGUCGGCAAAUCAGGCCGAGCUACAUCCAAUUGUGGCUCCCACGAAACGCCCCAAUGUCACGACGACAGAUCCGUGGACGUGCGUGACUGAGAGAAUCAAGAACCUGUACUUCAACCCGCCGCGACCGAGCGGUGCUCUGGACGACGCCCAUUACUCGUAUGGCGUCCAGCUGCUCGAGACGUGCAGGACGACGGGCGUCUUCGAGUACCGCACCGACUGCGAUUUUCCCGACAAGACGCUUUGGUGCGGCAUCACAACCGCGCUGCCGGCAUCGCUCCUCCCGGCCUACUCGGCCUACGCCAGCAGCGCCUGGUCCUGGUGGUCGGCGCACAGCUCCAGCGCCGUCCGCGUCGCCCAGGAAUGCCCGCUGCUCUGGUACCAGAUAGCCAAUAACGUCGUCCUGGGCGGUGCGGCCUGGAUGAACCACACCCUCAUCAACGCCGAGUGCUAUGCCGAGGUACACCAGACCGUCACAGGGUCCCGGUCGUCGGCAAUGGGGCCGACCGCGACGCCGGGACAGGGCGCAACAUCCGUGUCUGCGCCGGCCAGCACUUCGGCCAGUGUCCUCCCGACCCAGACAAGCAGCGUCCCCAGCUCUGGCGGUAUGCUCCCGACUUCACCCACCAUCAUCAUGCUCCCCAUGCUCGCCGUCCUCUUCGCGGCCGCUGCCUCUGCAAUAUGUCAGUCCCUUUGAAUCAUGUUUGCCAAAAUAUAGAACACCCCGUCCCCAACGGCAGCACCCGCUAACCAAGCAUUCAAUAACUUACAGAAUCCUGCAACGGGGGCACCUACGCUGGCGGCCAGUCAAACCAGAUCCGGUUCCUCUGCAGCUUCGCCUGUAGCUACGGAUACUGCCCUGC